GGAGCAUGCCAAGUAAGUGUGGUAGUAUUACCAAAACACAAGCCACCAUGUGUAAAGCUUAGAUCACUCUCUACUCCCACUUGUCUAAAGCCACGUGCUUCACAGAAAUUUCUACUCCCACAACUCUUGACUGAAACCAACCCAAAUUAACAGGUUUAUGUCAAUUUACUACAAUGCUACAACUACAACUGGGUUUUGAUUUUCAUGGGGUUUUAGAGAGGUUUACCAUGGAAGUUGUUCUAGAAGUAGCCAAUGUAGUGUUUUGUAUAUUGUUUUUAUCAUGGGUUUUGGUUGAUAUUUUGAAGUAUAGAAGGAGUAGAGGUAGUAAUAAUGUUAAAGAAGCAGAAAUUUUGGCAAAAAAUGGUAGGAAUUAUAGUUUUUACACAAGAGUAAUGACCCCUUUUUGCAGUGCAACAUUGUCUACAUUUUAUAUCAGUUAUGGUCUAUAUGAGAUGUUUUGGUGUCAUAAAAUGAUCUCAUAUGGUACAAUUUCUACUACUUUGACAUGGGUUUUGUCCACUUUAAUCCUUGUUUAUUCUAGAGAAAGAAUCCUUAAAGAUGAUAAGAAAUGGCCUUUGGUACUUAUUGUAUGGUGGGUCUAUUCUAUGGUUUUUUAUAUGGUUUUGGUAACAUGUUACAUUAUUACUCAUUUGACAUCCAUUAACUUGAACAUCAUAGAUUUUCCUAAAGCUGAAUUAGUUGAUUUCUUGGGAUUUCCAUUAUCACUUCUUCUAUGCUGCAAUGGUUUGUUUAGUUGUAGCAUGAGAAAGUAUGAAAAUGAGCUUGAGCAACCAUUUUUGCCUCAUCAACAAGAGAGUAGUACUAAUAAAGAGGUAUCUGCUUUUGCAAACUCGAGUUUUUGGAGUAAAAUCGCGUUUUCGUGGCUUAAUCCACUCUUUAGGAUUGGUAGGACUCAGCUGAUUGUAUUAGCUGAUAUUCCAUCAGUUCCUGAAUCAGAAACUGCAGAAAAUGCCUCAUCUUUGUUGGAAGAAUCGUUGCGAAAACAGAAGAUUGAUGUAUUCUCCUUGCCUAAAGCUAUCUUUUGCAGUAUGAGGAGAUCUUUGCUCACAAAUGCCUUCUUUGCUGGGGCGAAUACUAUUGCUUCAUAUAUGGGUCCUCUGCUCAUCACCCACUUUGUUAAUUACCUUUCAACAAAGGUUGAUGACACUGGCUACCAUGAUGGCUUGACCCUUCCAAUAGUUUUCUUCAUUGGCAAGUGCAUUGAGUCAAUAUCACAAAGGCAAUGGUAUUUUGGUGCUUCUCGCAUUGGUAUUCGAGUUAGGGCAGCUACUGUUGCUUUGGUAUACAAGAAGUCUAUAAACAUCAAACUGUCUUCAGUGGGGCAAGGUAAUGGGAAGAUCAUCAACUUGAUUAACGUCGAUGCUGAGAGACUUGGGGACUUCUUCUUAUACAUUCAUGGUAUUUGGCUACUUCCCUUGCAAGUGUCCCUUGCCCUUGUUAUUCUUUAUGUGAAUCUUGGUGCAGCACCUGCCAUUGCUGCACUUUCUUCCACGAUUUUGGUAAUGAUUUGCAACACGCCAUUGGCUAGUAGGCAAGAAAUGUUGCAUUCCAAGAUCAUGGAAGCUAAGGACUCAAGAAUCAAAGCUACUAUGGAAACUUUGAAGAGCAUGAGAGUUCUUAAAUUGCAUUCCUGGGAAUCUUCUUUUAUGAAGAAGCUCUUGAAAUUGAGAGAGGCAGAGAAGUCUUGGUUGAGUAACUAUCUCUACACAUGUUCCGCGGUUGCUUUUCUAUUUUGGGCUUCACCAACCUUAGUUUCAGUAGUUACCUUUGGUGUUUGCAUUAUGGUAAAGACACCAUUGACUUCAGGAACUGUUCUCUCAGCUCUUGCUACAUUUAGGAUUCUACAAGAGCCUAUAUAUAACCUGCCAGAGUUGAUAUCAAUGAUAGCACAAACGAGAGUCUCAGUUGCUCGACUUGAGAGCUUCUUAAUGGAUGAAGAUCAGAUGAAGUUUUUAACAUACUGUAAAUAUAGAGAAUCUAGUCUUGCUAUUGAUAUUGAGAGUGGAGAAUAUGCUUGGGACAAUAGCAAUCCCUAUGCAAGGAAACCUACAAUCAGAAUAAAUGAGCAGCUGAAAAUAUCAAAGGGUAGCAAGGUCGCAAUUAGUGGGUCAGUUGGUUCAGGGAAAUCAACCUUACUUUGUAGUAUCCUUGGUGAAAUUGCAAGAGUCUCCGGCAAAGAGAUUAAGGUUUACGGAUCAAAAGCCUAUGUACCACAGAACUCCUGGAUUCAAACAGGUACAGUAAGGGAUAACAUAUUGUUUGGAAAAGAUAUGAACAAGGCAUUUUAUGAGGAGGUCCUAGAAGCAUGUGCCUUGAACAAAGACCUUCAAAUGUGGACUGAUGCUGAUAUGUGUGUAGUCGGAGAGAGAGGUAUCAAUCUAAGUGGGGGUCAGAAACAGCGAAUUCAACUUGCCAGGGCGAUCUACAGUGAUGCAGAUGUCUACUUCCUAGAUGAUCCAUUCAGUGCCGUUGAUGCACACACUGGUGCACAUCUGUUCAAGAAGGCUCUCAUGCAAAUGUUAUCUGAGAAGACUGUGGUAUACAUAACCCAUCAGUUGGAAUUCUUGGAUGCAGCAGACAUUGUUCUGGUGAUGAAAGAUGGCAGAAUUGUUCAAUCAGGAAGAUAUGAGGAUUUGAUUAGAGACCCGGAUGGUGAACUUAUUAGGCAAAUGGAUGCCCACCAAAAAUCCCUAGAACAAGUAAAUACCAAUGAUGACGAACACAACUCAACUACAAAGUCUUCUUCAGUUUGCCAAGCAGAACUUAUAGAAGAGCAUUCUUCAUGCUCGAUACAGUAUGACACGCUUGCAAAAUGUAACGAAGAGGAAGCAGUGAGAGGCCGCGUAAAUUGGAAUGUUUACUCUACUUUCAUCACUGCUGCAUAUCAAGGUGCUCUAGUUCCUGUCAUUUUGCUAUGUCAGAUUCUUUUUCAGGGAUUGCAAAUGGGCAGCAGUUACUGGCUUGCUUGGGCAACAGAGGAAGAGGGUCGAGUCAGCCAUAGAAAACUGAUGACAUAUUUUGUUCUACUUUCUGGUGGAAGUUGUGUCUUCAUAUUAGGAAGGACUAUAUUUCUCUCAACUAUAGCUAUUGAGACUGCUCAACAAAUGUUCCUCAGUAUGAUUAAAUCAGUCUUCCGCGCUCCUAUUUCUUUCUUCGACUUCACUCCUUCCAGUCGAAUCCUUAGCAGGUCUUCUACAGAUCAAAGUACUGUGGACAUGGACAUCCCAUAUAGACUAGCUGGACUAGUAUUUGCUCUUAUUCAGCUACUCAGUAUAAUUCUCCUCAUGUCCCAUGUUGCUUGGCAAGUCUUUCUAAUUUUUGUUGCUGUUAUUGCCAUCUCCUGCUGGUAUCAGGCUUAUUAUAUUACUACUGCCAGAGAACUUGCCAGGAUGGUUGGGAUUCGAAAAGCUCCAAUUCUCCAUCAUUUUUCAGAAAGUAUGGUGGGUUCUUCAACUAUCCGGUGCUUCAAUCAAGAGGGCCGUUUUUAUGACAAAAUUCUUAAUUUGGUGAAUGAUUAUUCUCGAGUUACCUUCCACAACAUCGCUGCAAUGGAAUGGCUUUCUGUGAGGAUAAACUUUUUGUUCAACUUGGUUUUCUUCAUUGUUUUAGUCAUCUUAGUGAUGUUGCCAAGAUCAACCAUUAAUCCAAGCUUGUCAGGACUAGCUGCCACAUAUGGACUAAAUAUGAAUGUCUUGCAAGCUUGGAUCAUAUGGAACUUAUGCAAUGUGGAAAACAAAAUGAUCUCAGUCGAAAGGAUUCUUGACUUCACAAAACUACCAAGUGAAGCUCCAUUGGUUAUACAAGACUACAAGCCUGAAUUAGAUUGGCCUAGUGAAGGGUUUAUUCAGUUUGAGAACUUGCAUGUUCGGUAUUCCCCUGCUCUGCCGAUGGUGCUCAAAGGAAUCACCUGCACCAUACCUGCCAAGUUGAAAGUUGGAGUUGUUGGAAGGACGGGAAGUGGCAAGUCUACACUCAUACAAGCUCUUUUUCGGGUGGUUGAGCCUUCACAAGGGCGUAUUCUCAUUGAUGGACUUGAUGUCUGUUUGUUAGGGCUGCAAGAUUUAAGAUCUAGGCUGAGUAUCAUACCCCAAGAUCCUACACUCUUCCAAGGAACUGUGAGGUUUAAUCUGGAUCCUCUAGAGGAGCAUAAUGAUCAAGAGAUAUGGGAGGUAAUAAAUAAGUGUCAUGGUCUUGCAAACAUUAUAAGGCAGGAUGCGAGGCUUCUUGAUGCACCCGUUGCUGAAGAUGGAGAAAACUGGAGUGUAGGGCAAAGGCAGUUGGUUUGUUUGGCGAGAGUUCUGCUCCAAAGGAGGAGAAUCUUAGUCUUGGAUGAAGCUACGGCAUCAGUUGAUACAGCUACUGAUAAUAUAAUUCAGAGGACCGUCAGAGAAGAAACAAGCGGAUGUACUGUUAUCACUGUCGCGCAUAGAAUACCUACUGUCAUUGACAAUGACCUCGUCUUAGUUCUUGAUCAAGGCAAGAUCGUCGAGUAUGACUCUCCUGCUGAACUGCUAAAAGACAGUUCAUCUGCUUUCUCCAAGUUGGUGAAGGAAUUUCUACGUAGAUCAUCCAAACAUUUCGAUGAGAUAUAGAAUUAAUGUCAGAAAAUAUUUGUAGAGAUCGAAUCAUGACAGUUUAUAACUACUAAUGGCUCGUUUGGUAGGCGGUAAUAAAUAGCUGUAUCGGCAGUAACUCAUUAAGUUACUAAAGUUAGAGAACAAGAGAAAGUAAGUUAGGUUCAGAUUUGUGACAUAAAUAUAUGUGUAGUUCUUGACCUUGAACAGUUAGAAAAGUAGAGCUGAAAUUCAUUGAUUUUUUUUUAUGAUUUAAGUAUUAGUCCUGUAAUUUGAGCAGAAACAUUCUAAGAUGUAUAUCAGUAACAUUUUUAAUGUGAAUAUGAGAAUUAGAGAUUGUGUCUA